UCUCGGCUAAAUCUCUGAGUCAUAAAAACUGCUGGAAUACAAAAGUUCAUUGUUUUGACCCCGAAAAUAAAAACAAAUGGUAGGAUUUGUCAUGAAAAUGCAAGUGAAAAUGUACUCGUAGAGAUUGCUUCGAAUGCACGAGUGAAGCGAGUGAAGGAGAGUUCAAGGAAAAAUGGAGCAUUCGCAGAUAAAAGAGGAGUCUUUGGAAGAGAUUCAUUGCCGAGAAUGCGGGCAAAGUUACAAAGAGUGGCUUGAGUUGGUGAAUCACCGUGAAAAUGCCCACAAUUUGUACACUUGCAAAUCCUGCGCCAAGGAAGAGACUUCUUUGGUGGAUUUCGAGUAUCAUCUGCAGAUUCAUGGCGGAUUGAAGCUGUUCAGAUGCGUUAUUUGCCAGGAAAACUUCUCCUUCCUCUCAGAGCUCAAUGAUCAUCUUCCCAGUCACUUGUCUGAAGUGAAGUUCCUCAAGGAAACCGACUCUCGUGAUUCACAUGAACAUGAAGACGUUGAAGUGAAGAUCGAGGAUUCUGAACAAGAUCAACCUUGUCCUGAGGAGCUUCCUGAGAACGAUGUGGAAUCAGUGCCAGUGCCCAAGAAACGUGGGCGACCCAAGAAGGGAAAAGUGCCAUGGGCUCAAAUGGAGAGGAAAUUCCAGUGUCCUCAGUGUCCUUUGAGCACGAAAACAAUGACGAACCUCAAGCUUCAUCUUCGCACACACACCGGAGAAAAGCCCUUCGAAUGCGCCCUAUGCGGCAAGAAGUAUGUGCAAAAGCUUGCUCUCCGGAUACACCUGACUAUGAAGCACGACACCAACAAGAAGAAGACGGAAGUGUGUCAGUUCUGCGGAAAAUCCUUCUAUUUCGUUCGCCGACUGAAGAGUCACAUCCGUGAGAUUCACACGAACCGGGAAAAAUAUCCGUGCUUCAUCUGCGGUAAGACAUACACCAGCCGGAGCAGCGUGAGCACGCACAUGCAGAGUCACUUCAAGAACAGUGAAGCUCAUCCAUGUCCACAGUGCAAUAAGAAGUUCGACACUCACAUUCAAAUGAUGCGCCAUAAUAGAAUAGCUCAUACUGUGACCAGGAAAUUUAAGUGCCAGUUUUGCGACUACAGUGCUCUGAGUAGCACGAUGCUUCGCAAUCACGAACGCACGCACACUGGCGAGAAGCCCUACAACUGCAAGAUCUGCAGCAAGCCAUUCGCCUCGCAGAACGGCUUGGCCACGCAUGUCGCUCACAAGCACGGCGUGCCGACGCACCAGUGCUCCUUCUGCGACAAGUCCUUCAAGGUGCGUGAGAGCCUGAAAGUGCACAUGCAGCGGGUUCACGAGGAGAGGAAGUUCUCCUGUGUGGCGUGCGACAAGAAGUUCGGAUCCAAUUCAGAUGCAAUGAGACACAUGAGAGACACCCACUCGUUGGGAAAAAAGGAUAAAGCCGAGAAAGGGACCAGGAGUCAAUCCUCAGCUACCUAAUCUUUCAAAUCCUAUGCUAUGAUAAUGAUAUAAAUAGAAGCAGCGAAAUCAAAACAAAAUGUUUUUUGCCCUCCAGAG